AUGAACAAGAAAGAUCUUCAAGUAUGGAAUAAUGCAGUUUUCGAAAAUGGCGCUGAUUCUGAGAGCUUGAAUUCGAACAAUCUCAUCAAAUCGCCAUCGUGGCUCGUGAAGAAACCAGUAACCAUAAACCGAUCUUCUGAUUCUUUCGACUCUAUCCAUUCUUCGUUUUCCAGUAAAGAAAACCAAAUCCCAAUUGGGUCCUCGAAACCCUCUGGUUUUGUUCUUCACCCCCUUCACCAAUCGAAACCCUUGCAGAAUCUUCCAAUUGGGUUAUCAAAAUCAGGUGUUCUUGAGAAUUCGGAGGAGAAAACCAAUGGGGAGAUUGAAAUCGAGAAUGAAAUCAGUAGGUAG